AUGGAUAAAACCGCAUGCGUCAUAUUCGUCAUAGGUGAAGGCUAUCACUCCGGAUCAGUCCAGGAUGAGUUGCGAAAACGCAACGAUAUUCUGCAAGUUAACGUUCCCGAUUCAUAUUCUAACCUAGUUUAUAAGGUGGUCGCGGCUCCCGUGGAAUUGCAGCCAUACUAUCCCGGACAAAUUUUGUGCUCAAAGUGGAUCUGGACAGUGUAG